UUGAGCAUGUAUGCUACACACCACCUGCAGCUCUACCGUCGAGAUAAUUGUGCGCCAGCACCGUCAUCGAGGUCUUCGAAGGGAUCCCGCCAGGCCACCUUGCGCAAGGAGCCAAGGACUCAAAGGGACUGUGCACGAUUGACCGCGCUGCCGCAGAUUGACGCGCGCGCCUGACCACGGGCAGCGACAUCAGUGAUCGCGCUCCAAGAUGCCAUACUUCAUGAGCUUCCAGCGAAUGGCAAACAAGCUGAACGGGAAUGCAGCGGGCCCCAGUGGUGGGGCAAAAGAGAGCAGAUUCGGCACUGGCAUUGGGAGCCAAGGGCCCGUCAACACGGCCAACUACACUGUUGACUUCUUACCAACUUCAGAGCUCAUCGCCCGUGGUGUUCAGAUCGUCCUCGGGUUUAUCUUCCUCAUCGUAGCCAUCGUGCUUUCUUCGUUCCAAUCUAAAUGGCUCGGCGCUCCAUCUGGACUGUCUGGCUUCCUGCUGUUCAUCGCUCUGCUCAACAUCAUCGUCGUAUUUGCAGUCACCGCUAUUCCUUUCGCUCAUGAGCGCAGUGGCUUCAACGCUGUCAAAAGACCCGCGCGCCUGUUGCGUGAGGGGAGGGUCAACAUAAUUCUGAAUGGUAUCAUGGCCAUCAUCACGGGCCUCUGUGCUAUGGUACAGACCAUCUCUACUACCACGAGCUCUGCAUGCAAGAACCCGGCGAAUGACCCGAGCGUCGGCAAGCAGAAAGGAAGCAAAGAUGACUACAUUUCUGCCCUUGGGUCCUUUUGCACUAGCAAGCGGGCGGAGACGGCGUUCGCCUGGUUUCUCGUAUUGUCCUGGAUCGCAACGCUCGUCCUGUUCCUCCGAGUUUGGCGGGUAGGCCGCAAGAAUGGCCCGCGCAUCCCACCUUUCCAGCAUCCCAUCGAUGACUCGGCGUUCGAGCCGAUACAGUACACUGGCGAAGAUGUGGACGAAGAUGACGACCGCGGUGACUAUGCCGGAAUUUCUCACCGGUAUGGCGAAGGUGGCGAUGGCCGCUACGGAGCCGGCGCAGGGACGGGCCCUGGCGCAAUCGGAGCCGGUAGAUACGAUGACAAUGCGCCUGGCAUCCCUGGAAGCUACGGAAGCGGCCCAACGGGGCGGGACAACUUGGAUCAGCGAAACCAUAACCCGUUCGCAGACCAGAACCGCGUACCUGCGCCGGUUGGCUACCCGGCUCAACCGCCAGCAUACGGUGGGCCGCCUCGGCAAAGCUACGAUUAUGGCGCAUACGGCGGCGGUAUGCCAGCAGGAGAUGGAGGGAGACCGUACUAGCCAGUGAUUUGAAUUGCGACCCUACGCUGAUAACGAGCUUGCUUUGGCAAUGGACGCUGCCGCGCAACGAGCACCGCAUGCCACACCCACCCAUUCAUGCCAUGAAUGUCCCUUUCUCCAAAUCUGCGCAACCUAAUGCAGUCAACUCAGUGUGCGGCAUGUUCUCUGGUGGCCGUGCGUUGACUUUCUCCAGCUUUUCGCCCUCUCGCAGCUAUAUUCUCCGCUUUUGUGUGCUCGAUUGUUUUUAUGUAAUGCAGUCAAAAAUCCGAAUCGAUUUGCUCUCCUUGGCUGGGG